UGAGAGUCAAUUUUACAGUUUAUAAGGAGAAAUGAGGUUAACCGAAGAAAGAGGAUCAAUCGAAGAAAGAGGGUCACAAUGAGGUAAUCAACAGUGAACCUUCAUGUUUUGCUUGAUCUUCCACCCAUUUCCAUUUCUCUAUCAAUCUCUCUCCGUUCGAAAUCCCCAAUUUUUUUUGGCUUCGAACCCUAAUUUUUUAAUUCAGGGAAAAAGACUUAUGUCUGGUCGGGUUUAAAAUCUUGGGCCAGGUCGGCUUUGAUUAGAAGAGGGUAAAUUUUAAAAUAUUAAUUAUAGAUUGAUCCCAUUAACUAAGUUUAAAAUCAAUUAAACUUGAUUAUGAUGUUGUCAGUAUAUUAAUUAUUACUUCAUAUAUUUGACAUAUAUUAACAUAAAUUUGAUGUAGUUAUUGACAUAUUCGAUAUUUUUGGAUGGUUUCCACCGUAUUAGAAUAUACUUGGGUGCAGCUAGCAAAAAAAAUUCCUUAAAAAAGUUUGGAUAAGUUUGAUAUAUUUAUUAAAAACUCCUCUAACUUUGAGUUUUUUUUCUGAAAAGAUAUCUCUACAACAAGACUUAGUCAACAUGUAGUAGUUGUGGUUUCAUUUUGCAUUGCAUGAUUCGUUCUUUCUUUCUCUUCUUCUUCCACCCGAUUCUCCCUACUUUCUCUCUUACGCUCCUCCUUCCUCCUUCUUCUCUCUAUCUCUCACUCCCUUCCUUAAUAACGUUGGACAUCUCGUCUUUUUCAGCCAUCGUUAAUAUCAAUUCUUCUUCUUCUUCUUCCUCUCAAUCCGUUUCUCACAUAUUCUCAGCUACAGAUUCUUCUGAAUCUCAAAAAUGCUAAGUUUCUCUAGAACCAGAAGUCCAGGGAGAAAUACAAGCCCUCUUGCAGGAGGGAUGGAUUAUUUGGAACCCAAAAGAAAGAGCAAUGUCAUGGGCAGGCUUAUAUUGAUAGUUUCUCUUACAGCUUUAUGCAUUACAAUGCUCAAGAACGCACCUAGUUUCACUUCACCAACCUCAUUCUCUCGCAGCCAGGAAGGAGUGACACAUGUACUAGUCACCGGUGGCGCUGGAUAUAUCGGAUCACAUGCUGCACUUAGGCUACUAAAGGAUUCAUACCGUGUAACCAUUGUGGACAAUCUUUCUCGAGGAAAUCUUGGCGCCGUCAAGGUUCUACAGGGAUUGUUCCCAGAAGCCGGGAGGCUUCAAUUCAUUUAUGCCGACUUAGGAGAUGCCAAAGCUGUCGAUAAAAUCUUCUCAGAGAAUGCGUUUGAUGCUGUUAUGCAUUUUGCUGCAGUAGCUUAUGUUGGAGAGAGCACUCUAGAUCCUCUAAAGUAUUACCACAACAUUACAUCUAACACAUUAGUAGUUCUUGAAGCUGUGGCUAGACAUAAAGUGAAGAAGUUUAUAUAUUCAAGCACAUGUGCCACUUAUGGAGAACCUGAUAAAAUGCCAAUCAUUGAAGUUACUCCACAGGUCCCGAUUAAUCCUUAUGGAAAAGCUAAGAAGAUGGCUGAAGAUAUGAUCCUUGAUUUCUCUAAGAACUCUGACAUGGCCGUCAUGAUCCUAAGAUACUUUAACGUGAUCGGUUCAGACCCGGAAGGUAGACUAGGAGAAGCUCCAAAGCCUGAGCUACGUGAGCACGGGCGCAUAUCAGGUGCUUGUUUUGAUGCAGCUCGUGGUGUGAUUCCAGGCCUUCAGGUCAAAGGAACAGACUACAAAACAGGAGAUGGAACCUGUGUUCGUGACUAUAUUGACGUUACUGACCUCGUUGAUGCUCACGUGAAGGCUCUUGAGAAGGCUAAGCCAAGAAAUGUGGGAAUCUACAAUGUAGGAACUGGAAAAGGAAGAUCGGUGAAGGAGUUUGUGGAAGCUUGUAAGAAAGCGACAGGAGUAGAUAUACAAGUAGAUUUUUUGCCUCGACGACCUGGAGAUUACGCAGAGGUUUACAGUGAUCCAGCAAAGAUUCUGAGAGAUCUUAAUUGGUCUGCUCGUUUUACUAAUCUUCAAGAGAGUCUUGAAGUUGCUUGGAAGUGGCAAAAGAGUCAUCCUCAUGGAUAUGCUUCUUCUUGAAAGACCAAAACACAAAAAGCGUUGUAAAUUUUAUUUUUGCAUCAUCUUUUUGGAGAUAUUAGUUUAUAGAAAGAAAUUGAUUUAUUACAAACUUACAGUUCAAUAAUUAAUAUUAUGGUUACUUAAUACAGUUGAUGUAAGAAUUAAUCAGUGACUCUAAAUAAAGCGAUAGAGAUCGAGUUUUUUUUUUUUAAGUUUUGCAUUAAGUCAAAUGAGAUUACUUUUGAAUUUUGAUCCAAAAAGAGGCAAUAAUACUUUAUGGAUGAAUGGUUUUGUUUUAGUGUCUCG